AUGGAAUCGAUUCUAGAUUUUUCGAAGGAUCUUGAUAUCAGGCUUCUUGAUCAGAUAGUGGAGACCUUCUACAGAGGCUCGGGAGAGGAGCAGAAGCAAGCUCAAGAGAUACUUACCAAAUUUCAAAACCAUCCGGAGUCUUGGACCCGAGCAGACCAGAUUUUACAGUUUGCUACCGAUACAGAAACCAAGUAUAUUGGCCUUUCCAUUCUUGACAAUCUCAUCAAGACCCGCUGGAAGGCGUUGCCCGAUCCUCAACGUCAGGGUAUUCGAAACUUUGUUGCCAGUAUGAUCAUUGCCAUGUGUGAGGAUGAUGCACAGUUUGAGGCCCAAAGUGCUCUAAUCAACAAGUGUGAUUUGACUUUGGUGCAAAUUUUGAAGCAGGAUUGGCCCCAGAACUGGCCCAAUUUCAUUCCUGAGUUGGUGCAGUCUUCACGAGCAGGUUACAAUGUAUGCGAGAAUAACAUGAGAAUUUUACGACUACUUUCCGAGGAAAUUUUCGACUAUUCUGCAGAUCAGAUGACUCAGGCCAAGGCUACAGCGCUUAAAACUCGUCUCUGCGACGAGUUCGGAGAGAUCUUCAAGCUUUGCUUUGAAAUUCUUGACAAAGCUACUAGACCUAGUGUAAUUCUAGCCACUUUGAAUGCCCUUCAAAAAUAUAUGCCCUGGAUACCGUUAGGUUUUGUCUUUGAGACGGAGUUGCUUGACUUGAUUGCUGGUAAGUUUUUACCUGAGGAUGGUUUUCGUAGAGCAGCUAUUAAGUGUCUCACCGAGGUAUCUCAAUUAGUGGCUCCUCAGUACAAUCAGCGUUUUGUUCAGAUGUUUGGUUUGGCCCUGCAAGCUAUAAAUAAAGCGAUUCCUUCCGGUUCCGAUCUCAGGGCCAUAUAUCGUCGUGCCGGUACUUCGGAGCAACAAUUCCUUCAAGAUUUAGCUGUUUUCUUGGUAACAUUUCUUGGAAAUCACUUGCAGCCUUUAGAGACCCCAGCAGUACUCAGGGAAUUGCUUUUGGGUGCCCACACAUAUCUUAUCGGUUUGUCCCGUAUUGAAGAACGUGAAUUGUUCAAGACCUGUCUUGAUUAUUGGUCUCAACUUGUCGCUGGUCUUUAUGAUGAGAUCCGGGAUCUACCUCGUCAACUGGCCCAAAGUCCCCUACAACAGUUACAGUACAAUCCUCGUGUGGGUGCUCCUGAUCCUUCUAUUUUUGAAGGUCGUGAAUUAAGGAGAAACUUAUAUCAGGAUAUUCUCUCCAAGUUAAGACUUGUAGUCAUUGAAAACAUGGCCAGGCCUGAAGAGGUUCUUAUUGUGGAAAACGAUGAGGGUGAAAUUGUCAGAGAAUUUGUUAAAGAGAGUGACACCAUCCAGCUUUACAAGGCUAUGAGACAGGUGCUUGUCUAUUUGACCCACUUAGAUGUGAAGGAUACCGAGAAUAUCCUCUCUGCCAAACUGAAUGCACAAAUCGAUGGUUCUGAGUGGUCCUGGCAUAAUAUCAAUACUCUAUGCUGGGCUAUAGGUUCAAUUUCUGGUUCCAUGGAUGAAGAAAGAGAAAAAAGGUUUCUUGUUACCGUUAUCAAAGAUCUUCUAGCCCUUACCGAAAUGAAACGUGGUAAGAGUAACAAGGCUGUUGUUGCCUCCAAUAUUAUGUAUAUUGUGGGACAAUAUCCUCGCUUUCUAAAAGCCCAUUGGAAGUUCCUUAAGACUGUUGUGAAUAAGUUGUUUGAGUUCAUGCACGAGACUCACGAAGGUGUCCAAGAUAUGGCCUGCGAUACAUUCAUCAAGAUCUCCAACAAAUGUCGUCGCCAUUUUGUCAUACAGCAGCCUGGAGAAACUGAGCCUUUCAUUGAUGAGAUUAUUCGUAACAUUCAGGAGACAACGGCGGAUUUGCAACCUCAGCAGGUUCAUUCUUUCUACAAAGCCUGUGGUAUCAUUGUGUCUGCACAGAAUACUCAGGUUCCGCGUGCUAGACUACUAGCUAACUUAAUGCAUCUGCCAAACGUUGCUUGGCAUACAGUGGUUCGUCAAGCUGGCGAAGAUCCAAAUUUGCUUUCCAACCCGGAUAUUGUUAAAAUCAUCGCCAACAUCUUGAAGACUAACGUGGCUGUUUGCACUCCGUUGGGUCCUGGAUUUUUGCCACAACUUGCCGGUAUCUUCAACGACAUGCUGUCUCUAUACGGGGCCGUCAGUAGUCUCAUUUCAUCCGCAGUGGCAACAGAUGGUCCUGUCGCUACAAAGACACCUAAAGUUCGCGGCUGGAGAACUAUCAAGAAAGAAAUUCUUACUCUUCUUGAAAUAUACAUUUCCAAAGCCACUGAUGAACAGCAGAUUGUUACCGAUCUUGUGCCGAACCUGUUGAGUACUGUACUUCAGGAUUACAAGGAGAGUGUACCAGAUGCACGUGAUGCGGAGGUGCUAAAUUGUCUAUCUACUCUUGUGGCUAAGAUUGGUCGUCGCAUCCCCUCUGAGACCGUUGAAAUUCUUGGCGCCGUUUUCGCAACUACUUUGGACAUGAUCAAUAAGGAUUUCACAGAAUACCCAGAGCACAGAGUCGAAUUUUACAAAUUGUUACGGGAGAUCGAUUUGCAAGGAUUUGAAGCAUUGCUUCAAUUCCCUCCAGAGUCAUUCCAAUCGUUUGUGGAUGCCAUCUUGUGGGCCCUUAAGCACAAUAACAGGGAAGUGGAGAACACAGGUCUUACUCUCUGUGUGGAGUUGCUUGAUAACAUUGAGCAGCUUGGACCUUCCAAUGCGUUUGCGCUUGGAUUCUACAGAAACUACUUUUUCUCUAUCAUCUCGGAUAUUUUCUACGUUCUUACAGACUCUGAUCAUAAAGCUGGAUUCCGUUUGCAAGCACAACUGCUAUCCAAAAUGAUCGAAUUGGUGUGUGAAAAUAAGAUUGCCGAUUCAAUCUAUCCCGAAGGCUCAGCACCUAAAGGUACCGCGAAUCACGUAUACUUGAAAGAGUACCUUGGUAACAUGCUUAUGCAGGCAUUUCCACAGUUACGAAAGGAACAGGUUGCCAACUUUCUUCAAGUUUUGUUCAGCAGUUACAACAAUAAGGCCAAAUUCCGAGGUGUUUUGAGAGAUUUCCUUGUUCAGACGAAGGAGGUGGGAGGAGAUCCCACCGAUUACUUGUUUGCCGAUGAAAAAGAAGAAGAGCUUAAGCAGAAGGCUUUGGAAGAAAAGGAAAAGGCUAGGAUGGUUGGUGGCUUGUUGAAGCCAUCUGAGAUGGAGGAUUAA